AUGGCGUGGGAACCACACAUCAACUCCUCAUUCCAGGUGGGGAUCGUCGUUCUAUGCGCUGUUCUCGCUCCGAUAGCGCCUGUGCUGGUUGGUCUGCGACUAUGGUCAAAAUCCAUACUCCGCUCCCGCCUGAAAUGGGGCGAUUACUUGAUCAUUUUAUCCUGCAUAACUCUGUUGGGAGUCUGGCUCCCAAUAAUUCUUUUAUUUGCAGGCGGAGGCGGCGCCAAUUGGGAGUUGAAAGACAGAGGUAUAGGGUUCUGGAUAAUGAGAGUCGAGUGCCUCGUCAUUGCCUCGACAUUCUACCUUCUGUCAAGCUAUCUGUGCAGAGUUUCAAUCCUCUGCAUAUACUAUGAACUUCUACGGCAGAUUCCCUGGAUGAGCCACAUCAUCAUGGCUGUAGGGGCCUGGGUGAUCAUAUGCGGCGUGGUCUCCAUGGGUGUUCAGCUCGGCGUCGGCAUCCAAGACGUACUCUUUGUUAUGGCCGAUCAAGGCCCAGAUGCGGUGGAAGAGGGGCCGAAUGCCUGCGUGCUGUCCCUGCUGCGAAUUCUGGCCUGGAAGCUGCCGGGUUUCAUUGGGCAGGCUCCCACAGACACCUACAUUCGGAGAGACGCUUUCGAAGUAUUGUACCCCAUCGAGAUCACAUUUGGUAUUCUUGGCGCUUGCCUCCCGAUGCUUCGGCCUAUAUGCCAUCGCAAAGAGUACCCGAGCAGAUCCAGUGGCAACAACAGCUACGCGAUGGGACCCGUACGGAAUGCGGGCUCCAGGACGGCACUUACACAAGACUCGGUGUAUGGGAUCACCAAUAGUAUACACAGCAAGAGGCCUUCAGUUGGCCAGGAUGAGGAAGCAGCGUGGUGA